UUCUUGAAUUUCAGAACGCAUCUCACGCGCCACCGCCAGUGUCACUGCCGCCAGUACAUCUCCUUAUUGACUACUUUUUUGCAUUUCUACAGAAUUAUAUUUGUUUUUUCAAAAUCUGCGGCAACUUAAAUCUCCGAGGCGUUGUUUGGUUGCUGAGAAUUGGAUUUGAUUUGUGUUCCAACGAAUGCUAUGGAAUUCGAGUUGUUAUUGACAUAUUGUCGAUUUAGGGUUUACGGAAUUUGAAUUUGAUUCCAUGCAAGCAAACUCGAUCUUAUUGCACUCUACAUUUUUCGUGUUCUGGUUUUCUUCUUGACACUCUCGACGGUUCAGUUGGCGCCAGACGAUGACUAAAUUGGCUGAUACUGCAACAAAUCAAGUGGGUAACUCUUAUGGUGAGGCAAAUGACUCUCAGGAAAUUGCAUUUGAUUUAGGAGUAUUUGUUGGGGAUUUAAAUUUUGAGGAGGAUGUAAGCAGUGAUGAUAUAUCCCUGGAAGGAUUACAAAAAGAAUUAGAAGAAUGUAGAAACGAUGAUGUAGUUGCAAACAUACUGUCUAAAGGUACAAAAUUAAGAGAAUAUACAAAGGGUGUUGAGAACAAUUUACGGCAAGUCGAGUUGGACUCGAUUCAGGAUUAUAUAAAAGAAAGUGAUAAUUUAGUCUCUCUUCAUGAUCAAAUCCGUGAUUGCGACAGUAUAUUGUCACAGAUGGAAACACUUCUCAGUGGAUUUCAGGCUGAGAUUGGUUCCAUAAGUUCAGACAUAAAAAUUCUCCAGGAGAAGUCUAUGGAUAUGGGUCUGAAGCUGAAGAACCGUAAGGUAGCAGAGUCAAAACUGGCAAAAUUUGUUGAAGAUAUUAUAGUUCCUCCAAGGAUGGUAGACAUAAUUGUUGAUGGAGAGGUGAAUGAGGAAUAUAUGAGAACUCUUGAGAUCCUGAGUAAGAAGUUGAAGUUUGUUGAAGUGGAACCUAUGGUUAAAACUUCAAAAGCUCUAAAAGAUGUUCAACCCGAGCUAGAAAAACUUCGUCAAAAAGCAGUCUCAAAGGUGUUUGAGUUCAUUGUUCAGAAGCUUUAUGCAUUGAGGAAACCUAAAACAAAUAUCCAGAUCCUUCAACAGAGUGUUCUUCUAAAAUACAAGUAUGUUGUUUCCUUUCUCAAGGAACAUGGCAAAGAGGUAUAUAUUGAAGUCCGUGCGGCAUACAUUGAUACAAUGAACAAGGUUUUAAGUGCACAUUUUCGUGCUUAUAUUCAAGCUUUAGAAAAAUUGCAAUUGGAUAUAGCGACAUCCAGCGAUUUGAUUGGUGUUGACACCAGAAGCACCAGUCUUUUCUCAAGAGGAAGAGAACCUUUGAAGAACCGAUCUGCUGUUUAUGCUUUGGGGGAGAGGAUAAGCAUUUUAAAGGAGAUUGAUCAACCUGCAUUGAUUCCACAUAUUGCUGAAGCCAGCUCCACAAAGUAUCCUUAUGAGGUCCUCUUCAGGAGUUUGCACAAGCUGCUUAUGGAUACUGCUAGUUCCGAGUACCUUUUCUGUGAUGAUUUUUUUGGGGAAGAAAAUAUAUUUUAUGAAAUUUUUGCAGGUCCAUUUGCUGUCAUUGAUGAACACUUCAAUUCAAUCCUUCCAAAUUGUUUUGAUGCAAUUGGCCUGAUGCUUAUGAUCCGCAUAAUACAUCAACACCAGCUUGUUAUGUCUCGUCGGCGGAUUCCAUGCUUGGAUUCAUAUUUGGAUAAGGUCAAUAUUUCUCUGUGGCCACGUUUCAAGAUGGUAUUUGACAUGCACUUGAACAGCUUGCGCAAUGCCAACGUGAGGGCAUUGUGGGAAGAUGAUAUUCAUCCUCACUAUGUCAUGAGGCGUUAUGCUGAGUUUACAUCCUCACUUAUUCACCUCAAUGUUGAAUAUGGAGAUGGGCAGCUUGAACUAAACUUGGAACGGUUGAGGAUGGCUAUUGAUGAUAUGGUCAUCAAGCUUGCUAAAACAUUCUCAAAAACUAAACUACAGACUGUGUUUCUUAUAAACAACUAUGAUAUGACAAUUGCCAUUUUGAAGGAAGCUGGUCCAGACGGUGGGAAAAUUCAACUGCACUUCGAGGAACUUCUGAAGAGCAACACAGCAAUAUUUGUGGAGGAACUACUACUAGAGCAUUUCGGUGACCUAAUCAAGUUUGUAAAGACCAGAGCCUCCGAGGACCCGAGUUCCAGCUCCGAGAGGCCCAUAACUGUGGCUGAAGUUGAACCGCUUGUGAAGGACUUUGCAAGCAGAUGGAAAUCUGCAAUAGAGCUGAUGCACAAAGAUGUGAUUACCUCUUUCAGCAAUUUCUUGUGCGGUAUGGAGAUCUUGAGAGCUGCAUUGACACAGCUGCUGCUUUAUUAUACCAGACUUUCCGAUUGCAUAAAAAGAAUUCCCGGUGGAUCGGCCCUGAACAAAGAUCUCGUUUCCAUAUCAUCGAUCAUGUAUGAAAUCAGAAAAUACUCGAGAACUUUCUAAAUCAUCGACCUAAUGCUGCUGCUCUGCUGGUGGAAAACAAGGCUUUGAACAGAGGUUGAUUGUUAUCACGGCAACGGAAACCAUUUUGGACGUAGGCCCAAAUUUGAGGAUAAACUUAACAUACAUUAAAAUGGAGAGGGAAAAAAAAGACAGAAAAACAAACUAUCAUGCGUAAUUAUUUUGAAUGUUUCAUGACCGUUGCAAACGGUGUGAGUAAAGUUUGGAAUGUGAUUUUUAUUAUUAGUCGUUUCUAAUAAAAUAGGAAUUUGAACUGGGGCUGUGAA